GUGCUAUUUGGGGUUUCGCAUCUGGGAAAUGAGUCCCUGAAUAUGCAUGUAUGUUGCCGCAUCUCCAUUUCACUCGCAAGCCGCUCGUGUUUCGCACUCCAUCGGCUUCGCCCCGUUCGCCCAGGCGCCUAUUGCUUUUCCACCUGAGUAUAAAAUCUCCUGGAGCCUCCUUGCGCAAGCCUCCUCUCCUCCACUUUUGCUGCGUGCUUUGUUCAGUCCGUCAUACUUCAUCCCCCUUUCCACCACUCACGCCCCAGCCUCGUCCCUUGAUUCAAUCACCGUAAUAACACUGAUUCACAACAAUCCAACAUGGCUGGACAACCCGUGAUAUGGAAGAAGCGAAUUCUGAUCCCUUUCUGGAUUAUUCGUAUUGUUCUCAUGCUGUUUAUUAUAGUAGUUUACGGGUUAGCGUUGAAGGUCCUGGCCGAUGACCCAGACAAGAGCGCUCCGGCAAUUGGUAUUGUUGUAGUUUUCAUGCUCCUGAUUAUCGCAGUCCUUCUCAUGGACAUUCUGGCCAUCCUCCUCUUCAUGCGCGAUGCCUUGAAUCCUAAGACUUUCCUCAUAAUGAAUGUCGUACAAACCACCUUCUGGGCGGCUGUGUUGCUUUUGGAUGUGGUCGCUAUCGCUCGCGGAGCUAGCGCCGUCGGAAUUGGAUUCACUGUCUUCGUUCUCUUCACUUUUGUCGCCCUCCUCAUCUACGCUAGCAUUGGCUACCACCGACAGCGGAAGAUGGCCCAGCGUGGCAACUACGCCCCUGCUCACAACCCCGCUGCUCCCGCUCCCGCAGCCGCUCCGGCAUACAACGCACCUCCGUAUGGCAACGCACCCCCGUAUCAACAAAACACCGCCUAUUAUUCUCAGACAGGUCAUCCGGUUGAGCUUCAUUCGCACACUCAGCCCCAGGGCGCAGCUUCGGAUUAUUACGCACAUCCGGUCAAGCCUGCUCAGAUGGUGUGAUCGAGAAGUAUUUUAGGGACCAAGACCUAGAGCAAGGCUGAGAACAGUGUACACUACCAUCAUGAGAUUAUAUCCGCCUAAGUCCUAAUGUGUGACUAUUGGCUACCCAUGAUUGGGCUUGAAAAGGAGGGACCGUCCCAGCAAAGGAGUGAAUUCGAAUUUGAAUACGCGGCGCUAGGCACCACGCAUUGGCAGGUUGGGAAUGAUGAAGAAUGUCAGAUCCACGAUUUUUCGAGGGAUGCAGCGGUCCCUGAUGCACGGAACCAAGCCAUCAUAGAAAUCAAACCAU